AUGAAGUUCCCUUUGACCAUCGUGUACUCCCUGCUCUUUUCGACCGCCAUGGCUGAAUCCCUCACCCGAUACGAGACCACAACCCCGAGUGACGCAACUGUCCUCAUCGACAGACAGGCCCUCAAUGAUAUGGCCAAAGACCACCCGUACGGCUCUCUCUUCCCCGAGAAUGGAGGAUACUACCUGAAGAACGAGAAUGACGGAGUUGUCGGUAUCGCCAGCGAUGAGCUUUGUACAGAGCUAGAUGCUGCUUUUGCCAGCGCCGAGGCCAAGUAUGCCCAAGAAGAGGCUGAGUCCAUGGCUCCAACUUCUUAA